UUUCUCCAAUGUUUUAAAGAGGAAAAAGGGUAAUAAUGUAUAAAUAAACGUAGUACCAUAUGUCAAACUGACACUUCACGUCCGUACAUUUUUGUCUGGCUCCGUAAUGAUUUUUAUUUUUACAAUACAAUAAAAGUUAAAAGUGUAACUAGAAAAUGGAGGUGUUUAAUAAGUUCUAUUCAUCGGUCAGUAAUACAGUGUCGCAACUAUCAGGCGUGUUACCAGGCAAUCCUGUGACAAGAGAGUUUGAGGCAACUCAAUUCAUCGCGAGCGCUGGACCAGGUUUAGUAUGGAAAAUCUACAAAGGUUACAAAAAAUCGACAAAGCAGGAAGCAUCAAUAUUCGUUUUCGAAAAGAAACAUUUGGACAGAUGGGCAAAAGGCGACAGAGAUAUCUUACUGGAGACCCUCAGGCGCGGCAUCGUGCAGCUGACCAAGCUCCGACACCCACAGAUCCUUACGGUGCAGCACAGUCUCGAGGAGAGCAGGGAGAGCCUCGCCUUCGCCACCGAGCCGGUGUUCGCUAGCCUCGCGAACAUACUAGGAAACACAGAGAACAUGCCACAACCCAUUCCAAACCACCUAAACAAUUAUAAAUUGUAUGAACUCGAAAUUAAGUAUGGUCUCAUGCAGAUCGCUGAAGGUCUGACGUUCUUACACAAUGAUGUGAAGCUUUUACAUCAUAAUAUAUGCCCAGAGUCCAUUAUAGUGAACCAGCAGGGUGCUUGGAAGAUCUUCGGGUUUGAUUUCUGUAUAGCCAACCAGAGCGCUGCAGGAGCGCCUCCGUUCUGGCCGUUUAACGAGUACUGUCCCGCUAUGCAUUCUUUAACUCAACCAGUGCUUGACUAUUUAGCUCCCGAGUACGUGCUAUCAGCCAGUCACUCUCCCGCCAGUGACCUCUAUUCCUUAGGCAUGGUGAUUUACGCCCUGCACAGUACUGGACACCAAACGCUUGGUAACGUCGGGAACGAUUACAAGAAGUUCAAGAGAUUUGUGAAUGAGAUCCGGAACCUGCCGCCGUCAAGGUUGAUGUGUGUAACAGAUGGAUUGAGAGAGUACGUUAAGCUGAUGCUGAAUGCUACGCCGGAGUUGCGACCUGAUCCACAUCAGUUCUUGAAGAUACCAUACUUUGAAGACGUUGGCGUCAAGACCUUAAACUACUUGGACUCACUAUUCCAGUGGGACAACCUCCAGAAAUCUCAGUUCUACAAAGGCUUACCUCAAAUAAUACAGAAGAUGCCGCAUCGUAUCUGCAUCUACCGGAUCUUACCUUGCCUGACGAAGGAAUUUAUUAAUCCUCCCAUGGUCCCAUUUGUUCUGCCUAAUGUUUUACUCAUCGCCGAAAACUGUUCUAAAGAGGAAUAUGUAAAAUACGUUCUCCCGGUGUUGAAACCAGUCAUGUUGAUCCAGGAUCCGAUACAAAUAUUGUUGAUAUUCAUGCAGAAAAUGGAAUUGUUGUUGAAACUGACUCCAGGGGAAGAGGUCAAGUCGGACAUCCUGCCAAUGUUGUACAGGGCGUUGGAGUCUGAUGCUCAACAGAUACAGGAGCUAUGUUUGUCAGUUCUGCCGACUUUUGCAUCGUUGAUAGAUUAUCCGGCCAUGAAGAACGCGUUGCUUCCUCGAAUAAAGAAGUUGUGUAUGGGCACGAAUUACAUAUCAGUUAGAGUGAAUUGUUUGCUAUGUUUGGGCAAACUGUUGGAACAUUUGGACAAAUGGUUGGUGUUGGACGAAAUAAUACCAUUUUUACCGCAGAUACCGUCGCGGGAACCUGCCGUUUUGAUGGGAAUUUUAGGUAUAUACAAGUUAGCGCUAAGUCAUUCAAAGCUGGGCAUCACGAAGGAGGUUAUGGCCACGAAGGUUCUCCCCUUCCUUAUACCGCUGUGCGUUGAGAACGGGUUAACCUUGAACCAGUUCAACGCGCUCAUCAGCCUGGUGAAACAGAUGAUAUCUAAAGUGGAAACAGAGCACAGAGCCAAACUGGAGCAGCUGAAUUCUAUACAGAAUGAAUCUAAAGUAAUGGAACACACGCUGACCUCAGCAUCGGAUACGUUGGUGUCGGCGCCGCCGCCGCCAUCAGACCUCGACAAGGUGUUCACAGGGCUCGGCAUCGACCCCUUCUCCUUCAGCCAGAGCAAGGAGAUGGAGCCGGGCAUCAAACCCGUUAAGGAGAAUACCGGACCACUCAGUAUGGAAGAUAAGCAGAGGAUAGCGCACCAACAAGAAGCAGUGCGUAAGUUCUCGCGGCAGUCCCCGCCCGCGCUGCGAGCCCCGCGCAAGGUCACGCACAAGCCCGUAGACCUCACCAACUCGCUGCUGCAGUCCAACCUCAACCAGCUCACCAAACCCAUCCCCACGUCCGCCUCCACCAUGAUCACCACCAACCACAGCACCAUCCUGCCGCUCACCAACUCGCACUACAGCUCACCAGGGAUCGGGGGUCCCCAUGCAAAUAAUUAUAACCACCCUAACCAAUACUCAGGCUUCGAUAACCAAACGCAAGUCAACUGGACCUCAGCAUCAGCGGCCAACUUCAAUAACAAAUGGGCUAACAACCAGAAUCAGGGAAAUAAACAGGACUGGUCCGCAUUCGAAUCUCUCUUACCAACAGCUAACAACAACCAGACCGGCGACAACAACGCCAAGAAACUCACAGACAAUGAAAUGAUGGAUUUGUUGAGUUAAACAGGCAAGUAUUGUUCUUUAUUUCGUUUGUGGCCAGACAAAAAUUAUGAAU